UGCAUCAUGAUCCUCCUCAUCAUCUUCCUCCUCCUCAUCGGCGGCAACGGCGAAACGCAGACUGCACUUCACAGCCGGGUGUCGUCACGCGACUUAAGCCUGUUAUGGACAACCGCGCGGGCCUCUGAGCUUCCAGGCAGGCACCAUGCCCACUGUGCUGUGCGGUGGCAGGGGGAAACUUUCCUUUGGCUUUUUGCUGCACCGAUGCUUGUUCUCUCAGGUAAUAAGAGGCCAACACAGCUGUGCCAAAGACAUUUGGGGGGACAUGACUCAGUCGUGGCCAUCCCAACAGGCCUUAGCAGGUGACCAGGGAAUCCUCUUCAACCCUACGGAUGGAACGCAGCCAACAACAGAACAGAGGCAAGGUCGGGGGGAUGCUCAGCCACGAAUGACCCAUCAUCCCCAUGUGGCGCCUCACAAGUCGAUGCUUGUUGACGAUUUAAGAUUAAGCAGUGAUGAGGAUGACGUACAAAAGGCAACUCAUGAAUCAGCUUCCUGGGAGGGACACAGACGGUCACGCAAAAAUGGCAGGAGGACGAGACAUUCCAGCUCAGACUCCUUGCAAUCCCACUCUACCGUGGAGUCGGUCAGCGGCAGCCUUCAUUCCCGGAGCUCCAGUCCAGCUGCUUGGCCCGCAGACGCACAGUCCCCAUGUAGCAGCAACAAGGAGACUGAUCCCUCCACAACUGCCCAGUGGCAAUUGGAUAAGUGGCUGAGGAAGUCCCACAAAAAGGCAGCUCAUAGUGACAAUUAUCCCACCCGUAGCAUUCCUGGAAACUCACCCUCUCCGCACACACUCCAAGCGCCGUCUCCGGCAAGAUGUUGGGACAGCAAUCAGGAAUACAGCCCUAGCCAGAGGCCCAUUCCCAGCCCGCAGUUGAGCUACAGGCCUGACAGCCCCUUGCUGAGUCUUGAUUACAGCUUCUGUCCGAGUCCGCUCCCCAGCACCUGCCCAAGUCCGAGCAAUAGCAGGUACAGUCCCAUAGUGAGUCCAGUUCCAAGUGCAUUUCCAAGUCCAUGCGGGAGUCCGACAGCGCAGCAUAGCCCAAACCCAAAUCAGAGAGGUCCUCAAUUAAGUCCCACUUUAUCUCCUUUGGGAGGUUACCACUACCCUGAGCUUCAAAGCGAUCUGUACCCAGCACCACCUCCCCACAGGACAAAAGUUAGGUCAAAGAUUGGCCCAUUGUCUAACUCUGACGCCAAAACCAAGCACACAAAUAGCACAGAGCUUCUCCCUCAUCAGCACAGGCCCAAGGCGAGGUCCACAGAAUACAGAGACCACAGACAAAACAAAUCCAAAGCCGUUUUAAACUGCAGUGAUAGUCACAGACCACAGAAGCAGUCCCAUUCAAUUACUAAAAAGUCAGCCAAUCACACAUCACAAUACGAGGAGAUCCACAGGAGCCGACCCAGCCGCAGCUCUGACCACAGGACUAGACCUCCGGUUCAACACCAUCUUCCAACUGGCCGUGAAAUCAGCGCCGGUCCAGGUCCGACCUCUAAAGCUGCCGGUAAUAAUCACUCCAGACCAGCUCCUAACCUGCAACCGUGGGCCAAGUCGAGUGCUGUUAAUGUGAAUUCUUGUAAAGCAUCACACAAGCAAACCCGGGCCAAGAAACGUGAGGUGGUCUACAGAGACGUUCCUCAGACCAAAGCUGAGGGGAGGAAAGACAUAAGGAGAGAGGACAGAAACAAGACAGAGGAAAGAAAGGAAGACAGGAGACUGGCGGAGGAGCAGCUCCUGAGACAUCGCUGGAUCCAGAGUUCUACAGAAGAGGAGGAAGAGGAGGUGAUCAUUGUAGAGAAGCAGCGGAGGCGUCCUCGGGAGAAACAACAAAUCCGUGAGUGCCAAACAAUCCAGUCCAAAGAGCGACACCUUCAUCAGGAUCAAGCGCAACCCCAAAGAAGAAUCGAGAAGCAGACAAAGCAGCGAGGCUCUUCAUCUUCACUCAGCCCUCUUGCUCAAGGAGAGUCCCCCUCAUCCUUUGCCUCGUCAAAUUCCGAUUCGGAAUAUCAGACACAAGUCGCCAAGGUUCCGGCAGACUCCACUUCACUCCAUAGACUCCGCAGGAAAUGCCAAAACAGCUCCGGUAGACCCUAUGCCAGUAAGUCCAGGGAAAAGACCUCCGAGAGCCCAGCCGCGGGGCAGCAGCGUAGGACCAAGCACCGACUCUACACUUUGGUCCCGUUCGGGCGAAGCGAGCAGACCGCAGCUCCUUCUCAACGUGGACUGAGAAACCUGGUGGUGCACAUAGACCUCUGUCUCCUCAAGAGGGUACCGGACUCCGCUGUUAAUUGUAACUUUAAAGCCACUAACUCUUCCUCCUCCUCCUCCUCUUCUUCUUCGAAGACAAAAGACAGGCAAACCAAGGCUAUGAAACAUCUGUGUAUGGCAGAUGCUGUCUCCAAAGACAGCAAAAGAAAACGCAAGUUGGAGAUUGGCGUCUCUUACAAAGAAAGCAAGAGGAACACGCCACAUGCGAAAGAUGUUACCGGUCGCACAGAAUCGUCAUCGCAUGUGGCCGAGCGCGGCGUUUCAACUGAGACCGUGCAUAAUGGAUAUUUGGAAGAGUACUUGGACAAUAAGCGGCCAUUAUCUCCCCUGUCGCCACUGUCUGACAGCCCAGAGACCAUCGAAGUCACAUCCAAAGCAAAAAAUGGCGAGGUUUAUCACAAGAACAGAGAUAAGAACAGAUUUUCAGCACUAAAGCCAAAAAAGGAGGUGGAUUGUGUAAAAGUGUCCAGAAAACUUUUGUCAGACUCCUGGUCCGCCGCAGGACACCGAUCAGCCGUGCCAAAUACAGAAACGCCUCACCACGCCGAGUACUACUUGCACGAAGCCAAAAGGAUGAAGCACCGUGCAGAUGCCAUGGUGGACAAGCUGGGCAAGGCUGUGAAUUACGUCGAUGCUGCUCUGUCAUUCAUGGAAUGUGGCAAAGCGAUGGAGGAAGGCCCACUGGAGGCAAAAUCCCCCUAUACCAUGUACGCGGAGACAGUGGAGCUUAUAAGGUACGCAAUGAGGCUAAAAAGCCACUCUGGUCCUGGAGCACGACAAGAAGACAAACAGCUGGCUGUGCUCUGCUUUCGAUGUCUCGCCCUCCUUUACUGGCAGAUGUUUCGUUUGAAAAAGGAUCAUGCACUGAAAUACUCCAAAGUACUGCUCGACUACUUUAAGACUUCUCCCAAAGUGCCUCUGAUGCCAUCUUGCUGGACUGACACCGGAAAGGAUACUGGAGGCCCUCCUCCUUCGCUCCUACCCGAUGCCACCAAACACAUCCAGCGGGGUUCACAUGGGGACAGUGCCUCCCCGUCACUUAUCAGCAUACCUCAACGUAUCCACCAGAUGGCGGCAAACCACCUCAACAUCACCAACAGUGUCCUGUAUAGCUACGAGUACUGGGAGGUUGCAGACAACCUGGCUAAGGAGAGUAAAGAGUUCUUCAACUACUUGAAUACUCUAUCUGGGCCAUUGACGCUUCACAGCAGCAUCGUUCAUGCAGUCCAGUACACCAGGCAAGCUCUUCAGUGGAUCCGCAUCAGUGCCAAACUGAACUAAUGAGGACAAGAUGCCCACUGUGUCACCAAGGACAGUGAGGAGAACUGUCUUCCUAUCAUUUAUGGAAACUAUAAUGCAGAAGUAGAACAAAAGUCUGUGAUUAUAUAAGAGGAGCAUGUUGGCUUCCUAGGACCGUUGGUUCCCCACCCUUGAACUAAAGAAAUCUGAACUGUGAACAUCUCUGCAGAGAUAGUAUUGAGCAUUGUUAGGACUUCUCCACUUCCUUCCUCAUUGAGUGAACCUGGAAAGAUGUGCAUCGUGAUCUGAAGCCUCAAAUCCUUUGUGACAUAAACAGGAUCCAGUCACUAUAAUGUCUACGAAUUGUUGCGUGGAGGCCUUUCAUAUGUGAUUGUUUUUCAAUAUAUACAAAACCGUUUCUACAAAUUUGCAUCGUGGACCAAUGAAGAUUUAAUAUCUUUUGUGUAUAUUUAAAUAUUUGUUCUAAUGUACAAUAUUUGUUGGACUUGUUUAAGCAAAACAAAUACAAAGAAAUUAACUGCGGCUCUCUCGCUGCAUAUAUUUAUGGUUACUUUUAUGCAAAAAAAUGAAAAAUACGGUUGUCGAUAUUGUGGGUCAUCAAAUCGGCAUCUUAAUAUACUUUAUAUUAACGUAUAAACCGUUAUGAGAGAUCUUUUUUUUAUUUCAUUUAUUUGUUUCAUAUUUUGUUUUUGUACCUUUUCUUAUGAAAUGCAUCUAACAGUGAUGAUAUCUGUGUUGAAUAAACUAAGGCCUUGA